AUGCGAUGGAGCGGCGGCUUCCUGUGUCGUCUCUCUCAUACGUGGAUUGCGCGUAGAGGUCCUGCCAUGCGGACGCGCCUUCUACUUGCAACAGAACAUUGCAUCUACUGCCAGGCAGAGUUUGACUCAGCGAAACUCCGUCCCAACUACAACGUGGGCUUGCAGAUCUGUCUGCUCUGGAAGCAACGGAGGUAG